ACUCCACAGGCUGGGUGGGCUUUGGUUUGACAGCAACCCUUCCACUGAGACCGUUUCUGAUGAGGCUGAACAGUAGAUGGAUCAACUGCAGAGCCAGAUGCACCUCUCAGGAGGUUUCACACCUGCCAAGAUUACUAAAUGUUGCCCUGACCAAACAGACCAGCAGUGCAGGUGUGUCUUAGGAUGGUGGGAGGGAGUUUGGCAGCUCCACUCGCAUUCAGCUCAGUUUGAAGAUUUCCAACCUCGCGGAGACAACAUGUGCUCUCUGCUUCCUUCCUUCUCCCUGUUACUGAUCUGCACAGCGGGGUCAUGGGCAAUGAAUGUUACAAUGCCCUUUAUGGAGUACCUGGACCAGGAUCGCCUGGUGUGCCUGAAGUGGGGUUUUGACAAUCCAGCAGGUGACAUUACAUUCCAGCUGGCCGUCAACACCACAGGCUGGGUGGGCUUUGGUUUGAGUCCAAAUGGAGACAUGAUGGGAGCAGACAUCGUCCUAGGGGGACUUGGACCCAAAGGAAGCUACUUCACGGAUCGUUAUUCCACGGGGAACUCCAUGCCUAAAGUGGAUAUGCAGCAGAGCUACACCCUCCUCUCUAUGAGUGAAAAUCAAAAUCAAACCAUCAUGACCUUUCAGAGGUCUAUUAAAGCAUGUGAUGACAAAGACUUCCAAAUCACUGCUCAGCCCAUCAAACUCAUCUAUGCCUAUGGGAACACAGAUGACAUCUCUUACCACGGGGGCAGAAGAGGCACCAAAGAAGUAAACCUCCUGAACUACAUGCCAAGGACCAUCCCAACCAACUCCAGCUAUCUUAAUGUCACCAUGAACAAUAUCACUGUCCCAUCCAACACUACCUACUAUCACUGCAAGGUCAUGAAGCUUCCUAAGUUAGGUGAAAAACAUCAUAUUUAUCAGAUUGAGCCCGUGAUUGAGCACCGUGACAUCGUUCAUCACAUGCUGCUGUACCGCUGCCCCCUCUAUGUGACGAAUCCAUAUGACAAGCCGUGCUACAUCGGUGACAUAGGAGACGCCUGCUUUGAAGUAGUGGCUUCUUGGGGAGUGGGAGGAGGGGUGUAUGAGCUUCCAGAAAAUGCUGCUAUUCCUGUCGGAGGAGAGGACAGUGAAAGACUCUAUAGGUUCGAAAUCCAUUACAAUAACCCAGAGAGGAAAGAAGGCAUUAAAGACAGCUCAGGACUAAGAUUACACUAUACUGCAAAACUACGGCAGCAUGAUGUGGGCAUUAUGACUACGGGUCUCCUGCCAGGAAAUGUGAAGUACGAUAUCCCUCCAAAAGCCAACCAGUUCCACACCUACGCCAUUUGCAAUACUGCUCACUUUUCUAAGCUUUUGGACCCUGUGCCUGACCUUCAAGUGUUUGCUGUGCUCUUGCACACUCACUUGGCUGGGAGGAAAGUCAGAGUUGGCCACUUCAGAAAUGGGAAGCAGAUAGAUUUCCUGGCCUUAAAUGAAAACUACAACUUUGAGCUCCAACAGACUGUCAGUUUGGGAAGCAUCAAGAAAAUCAAGCAGGGUGAUGAAAUCUCAGUGGAGUGUACUUACAGUACUGCCAAUCGUACUUCAGUAACGCAGAUGGGGUUAGCAACCACUGAUGAGAUGUGUCUGGCCUUCCUGUUUUACUAUCCUGCAAUCAACAUCACCUCGUGCGUUAGCAUUCCGGAUACCAAAGGAGUGCAGAUGGAUGCAGAUAUAAUGCCUCAAGAUAAGAUUGCUGAGUAUGAGAGGUUGUUAAAGAAAGCCCCACAAACUCAAGUGAUCCUAGACUCCAAUCACAAUGUAACCAUUUACCAAAACGGCAUAGUGAGGGAUCUGAUGGAGACACCCAGUGGUUGCCAGAGUAGAAACACUUCAAACAGACACUGCACUUCCUGGAUUGUGAAUCUUGCAGAAAUCCUACUUUUGCUACUCUCGACUAGAGUAAUGUAACACAUGCAUGAGCAACAGACCCAACUGCAACCUUGAUAAAGGAAGACAAAGUUGAUCAAAUCUUUAAUGUAUUGGCAUUACACCCCAUUUUCUGUGUUUUUGUUCUCUUUUUAUUCAUGUCUUUUAUCUUUCUUGUUAAUUGUUAAGCACAGUCAUUUUCUUUAGCAACUGAGUGAUAAUCAUACCAAGCACUGCAGCUCAAAAUCUUUGAUCAUAUCUACCUGUAUACAGAUAACAAAUGUUAAUUUUUUUAAUGUUGUUCAAUUUCUUCCUUCUCCAUUUUUAAAAUUCAUAAAUGAACAGGAAUGUUUACAUUACACAUAUUAAUGGU